UGUGCCAUUUAAUUUUCUCUCCGUGUAUUUCACUGUGAAAUAAUUUGGAGACAAUACUUGAAACAGUACCAGGUUUCAGUGAUAAAGUGUCACAGAAACCAUGGCAACGACAGCUCUGACUGGUUUCUCAAUGAUGAGCCUGCUCAGCCUCGGCUACCUGACCUGGGACCAGUCGAGCCCUAACCAGGUGGAAAAUACACGUGAACAAGCUUUUAAUGGAUCUCCUGACCUGCAACGUCCUCAUAUAAUCUUCAUCAUGACUGAUGACCAGGGCUUCAACGACAUCGGAUAUCACAGCUCAGACAUCAAGACACCAGUGCUGGACAAACUUGCUGCAGAUGGAGUAAAGCUGGAGAAUUAUUACAUCCAGCCUAUCUGCACCCCGUCCCGAAGUCAGUUCAUCACCGGCAGGUAUCAAAUUCAUACUGGUCUUCAGCACUCCAUCAUCCGGCCCCGCCAGCCCAACUGCCUUCCCUUUGACCAGGUCACGCUUCCUCAGAGGCUUCAGGAGCUUGGCUAUUCCACCCACAUGGUAGGAAAGUGGCAUCUGGGCUUCUACAAGAAGGAAUGUUUGCCCACUCGACGCGGAUUUGACACAUACUUUGGCUCCCUAACAGGCAGUGUGAACUAUUACACCUAUGACUCCUGUGACGGUCCCGGACUGUGUGGCUUCGACCUCCACGAGGGGGAAUCAGUCGCCUGGGAUCAGAGGGGCAAAUACUCCACCCAUCUAUACACGCAGAGAGUCCGCAAGAUCCUGGCAACCCACGAUCCUCAGUCUCAGCCGCUCUUCAUCUUCCUUUCUUUCCAAGCUGUUCACACACCCCUACAGUCUCCGCGGGAGUAUAUCUACCCGUAUCGCGGGCUGGAGAAUGUUGCACGUAGGAAAUAUGCUGCAAUGGUAUCAACUGUAGAUGAGGCUGUUCGUAACAUAACGUACGCUCUUCGUAAGUAUGGCUACUACCAGAACAGUGUUCUCAUCUUCUCCACUGACAAUGGUGGCCAGCCGUUAUCUGGCGGCAGCAACUGGCCACUCCGAGGACGUAAAGGCACCUACUGGGAGGGCGGUGUCCGGGGUCUUGGUUUUGUCCACAGUCCUCUGUUACAUAGGAAGAGGAGGGUGAGCAAAGCUUUGGUACACAUUACCGACUGGUAUCCCACUCUCGUGGGAUUAGCAGGUGGCAAUGCAUCUUUGACUGAGGGACUGGAUGGGUAUAAUGUUUGGGAGGCCAUCAGCGAAGGGAAGGAGUCGCCCAGAUUAGAGAUCCUCCACAACAUUGAUCCUCUGUAUAACCAUGCUCGAAGUGGCUCUCUGCAGAAGGGACAUGGGAUAUGGAACACGGCCAUCCAGGCCUCCAUACGAACGGGAGACUGGAAGCUCCUGACGGGAGACCCUGGUUACGGAGACUGGAUUCCACCGCAGAUUCUUCCAGGUUUCCCUGGCAGCUGGUGGAACCUGGAACGCAACGCCGCACCCCGCAAAUCCGUGUGGCUUUUCAACAUUUCUAGGGAUCCGUAUGAACGCGUUGAUCUUUCUGAGCAGAGGCCAGAUGUUGUAAAGGAACUGUUAGCGAGGCUGGUGUACUACAACCGCACUGCAGUGCCGGUGCGGUACCCGUCAGAGGACGCCCGGGCUGACCCUCAGCUCAAUGGAGGGGCCUGGGUGCCAUGGGUGGGAGAUGAGGAGGAAGACAGCUGGGACAGAGUUUACCUGAGAAAGAACAUGGACUGGAAGAAGAAGCUUAAACUGUCCAAAAGCCGGUCAUUUUUCAGAAGACUCAACACAAGGAUCAUGUCCAACAGAAUAUAGAUAGAAAAUGACUGAAAUAAAAUAAAACUGUGUUUUUUACAAAAAGUGAGCUGUAGACACUCAGCUGCUGCCACAUGUCUUUGAAUCUAAUGAUGUCUCUAAAGUGAUUAUUAUUCUUUCAUUUAGAAAAAUAUUAAAAGUUUGCAGGUAAAUGUGUUUUACAGAAAAAAAUGAUUUUGCCCAUAAUUUAAUGAAAAAUAAAACAAGACCCCAGAGAAGUAGAAAAGU